GCCUCCUCCCUCUCGCGAGAUCGCUUCGACAAGAUGGCGGCGCGGCCGGGCCGCUGAGCGGAGCGGCCGGAGGGAGGGAGGUUGUCGGCUCCCCUGAGCCUGCUGGGUCCGGGCUGUUUCCGGUGGGGAUGCUGACGGGACGGGACUCGCCGCCGCGGCUCUGAGUGCCUCGUCCCCCCGCAGCGGCUCCGGCUCCCCCCGGCUGCGGCGAGUCCCCCCGGCGGGGCCCCCCCGUCCCCGGGGCCGCCGCUGGCGAUGACCGGAGAGAAGCUGCGCUCGCUGCGCAGGGACCACAAGCCCAGCAAGGAGGACGGGGACCUGCUGGAGCCUGGCGAGGAGGAGGCGGCGCCCGCGCCCGGAGGCGUCUUCACAGGGGGCCGUGGGGGCAGCGGCAAGGGCGGCCGCGCCGGGGGCCAUCGCAUCUUCAGCAACCACCACCACCGGCUGCAGCUGAAGGGGGCCCCGGCGGCCCCCGCCACCCCGGGGGGAGUCAGCCCCGCUGCGGAGGCCGACAAGUGCCCGGGCCACUUCCCGGUGCACGAGUGUGUCUUUAAGGGGGACGUGAGGCGGCUCUCGGCACUGAUCCGCACGCAGGGCAUCGGCCAGAAGGACAGUCACGGAAACACUCCGUUACAUCUUGCUGUGAUGUUGGGACAUAAAGAAUGUGCACACUUGCUUUUGGCCCACAAUGCUCCAGUAAAGGUGAAAAAUGCUCAGGGAUGGAGUCCUCUUGCAGAAGCCAUCAGCUAUGGAGACAGACAAAUGAUACACUUCUAUUUAGUUACAGCACUCCUAAGAAAGCUGAAGCAGCAGUCCAGGGAAAGUGUUGAAGAAAAGCGACCUCGAUUAUUAAAAGCCCUGAAAGAGCUAGGUGACUUCUAUUUAGAACUUCACUGGGAUUUUCAAAGUUGGGUGCCUUUACUUUCCCGAAUUCUGCCUUCCGAUGCAUGUAAAAUAUACAAACAAGGUAUAAAUAUCAGGCUUGACACAACUCUCAUAGACUUUACUGACAUGAAGUGCCAACGAGGGGAUUUAAGCUUCAUUUUCAAUGGUGAUGCAGCACCCUCUGAAUCAUUUGUAGUUUUAGACAACGAACAAAAAGUUUACCAGCGAAUACAUCAUGAGGAAUCUGAGAUGGAAACGGAGGAGGAAGUUGACAUUUUAAUGAGCAGUGAUAUUUAUUCAGCAACAUUAUCAACCAAAUCAAUUACCUUCACGCGUGCCCAAACAGGAUGGCUUUUCAGAGAAGACAAAACAGAAAGAGUAGGAAACUUCUUGGCAGACUUCUACUUGGUCAAUGGACUUGUUUUAGAAUCUAGGAAAAGAAGAGAACAUCUCAGUGAGGAAGAUAUUCUUCGAAAUAAGGCCAUAAUGGAAAGCCUGAGUAAAGGCGGUAACUUGAUGGAACAAAAUUUUGAGCCUGUCAGACGACAGUCCCUUACUCCACCUCCACCCAACACAAUUACAUGGGAAGAAUACAUAUCUGCUGAAAAUGGAAAAGCUCCUCACCUGGGUAGAGAGCUGGUCUGCAAAGAAAGCAAGAAAACAUUUAAAGCCACAAUAGCCAUGAGCCAGGAAUUUCCCUUGGGAAUUGAAUCAUUAUUGAAUGUUUUAGAAGUAAUUGCACCGUUCAAGCACUUUAACAAACUUAGAGAAUUUGUUCAGAUGAAGCUUCCACCAGGCUUUCCCGUAAAGCUAGACAUACCUGUGUUUCCCACCAUCACGGCCACUGUGACGUUUCAGGAGUUCCGCUAUGAUGAGUUUGAUGAAUCCAUCUUCACUAUUCCUGAUGACUAUAAGGAGGACCCCAGCCGUUUUCCUGAUCUCUAAUUUAACUGGAGAGUUAAUAACAAUACCAGCAUACCACAGUGAAAGCAAAUGAAUUCAAAUAGCCCACAGAUAUAGUUAUAGAAGUGGGUCAAAAUGGAAGGGAUAAACUUUUUUUUAAAUGAUCCAGAAGAAAAGGGAACACACGUAUGACUGAUGUACUGAAAUUCACUAUAAUGGGCAUCUAAUCUAGUAUCUGAAUUACAGCAAGUCUCCUGAUGUGUCAUUUACACUUUUAUACAUACAGUGCUGCGAGUGAGAUAGUUUGACACCUCAGUGGCUCUAAGGAUACUUUAACAGCUGUGAGGACUGUCAUUUGUUUAUAAAUUUUUUACAUUUGUUCUCGGUGAUACAAAAAGCACUCUUGGACCAUUGGCGCAAAAACUGAAAUGUCUUAGCUGGAUAUUAGCCCUUUAAACAUCCCACCUUACACAAGGUGACCUUAUAAUAUUCCUUCAAGCUGUUUUCAUGAAUUGUAAACUAUGUAACAUUAUGUAUAGUUCAGUAAUUUGAAUGUUAGUUGAACGUAUAUUAGAAGGAAUGCAUUUUCUGUAGAUGAAUGAACCAAAUGGUAACCAUUACACAAUUGCAUUUACACAUUGCAAUACACUUCAGAAAUAGCAUUCACUCUGCAGGGAAUAAGGUACCUCCUUUAGCACCUUAGUGCAAUCCAUUGUGGUGCUAUUCAUGUUUUUAUCUGAACUGUUAAUUUUUUCACUGCAAGUUGUUUACUAAUUUUCCUUUCAAAUAAUUUGCAAAUACACUCUUCCCCCCCACCCCGCUCACCUCCCUGCUAGUUUAAAAAUCCUUGCUGUGUUCAUGAUAUGGUGUUGAUUAGCAUGCUUGGAGAUUCUUUAUCUACCUAGAAAUUGCAUCACUUGCAUUAUUUUACUCUUGAUUAGGAGAUUUGCUCCAUACUAGCUGCACAUCAAUCAGGCUAUGAUAUGGAGCAGCACACUGGAACAUAUUGGAUGCAUCAAGACACAAUCUCAGACAUUAGAGAGGUUAAGUGAAAUAAAACUUAUACUUUGAAAACCUAGUGUAAUUGUAGGGCACAUUUAGUAGGACUCACAAUGGAAAAAUUAAAAAUGUGCACUUUUCCAAUA